CAACAGGAGCCCCCAAUGAUGUGGGCAGGGGCUGGGACGGCCCUGGCCCUGAUCGUGGUGUCCCUGGCAUCAGCUGGGCCCAGAAGUGAUGAACCAAAGCCCACUGCCCACCCAUCUUUACCCGUCGGGGCCUUUUCUGGUGGCUUGAAUGCUCCAACCCAGGACUGCAAGCCUCGAUUCAAGGUCGAUCUGGACUUCAGUGUCUUCGAUGUUUAUGCCUCACCCAAUGAAGGCUUUGUGAAUCAGAGCCUCACCAUUUUCUAUCGAGAUCCUGGCAAAUACCCAUACCAUGAUUCACACCUCCGGCCAGUGCACGGUGGGGUGCGCCCAGAAUAGUAGCCUCUGGAGCACCUAGAACGAUUGCCUGAAGGUGUCCGCCACGAUAUCAGGUCUCCUGAUCGAGAAGGCCUGGCCGUCAUUGACUGGGAGGAUUGGCGCCCCGUCUGGAUCAGGAACUGGCAGAGCAAGGACGUUUACCGCAUCUCACGCCAGCUGGUCAGUUCCCGACACCCCACCUGGUCAACAGAGCAGGUGGUAAGCAGGGCCCAGUAUGAGUUUGAGUUUGCUGCCCGCAGUUCAUGCUAGAGACCUUACGGUGGGGCGAAGGAGACUCGCCUCGCCAACGUCCUGGGGCUUCUACCUCUCCCUGACUGUUACAACCACGACUACGUGCAGAACUGGUCUAGCUACACGGGGCCGCUGCCCAGAAUGUUGAGGUCUCUAGGAACGACCAGCUGCCUGGCUCUGGCUGAGAGCAGUGCCCUCUACCCUUCCUUUUACCUGGAUCCCAUGCUCAAGUCUUCCUCCAACUGUCGAAAGUUUGCUUCCCGAGUGGAGGAAGCCCUGAGGGUGGCCCGUGACCACCAUGCUGGCUAUUCCCUACCAGUCCCGUCUACACAACGACCUACCUAUACCCAAGGCUUCACUGUGCUCAGUGAGAUGGACCUCAUCUCUACCAUUGGGGAAAGCGCAGCUCUAGGGGGCGGCGGAAUCAUCUUCUGGGGAGAUGCAGAUUAUACCAAGAGCCCGGAAACCUGCCAGAAAAUCAAGGAAUACCUGGAGAACCACUUGGCUCCUUACCUUGUGAACGUCUCGGAGGCUGCUUUGCGAUGUAGCGAGGGCCUGUGCCAUGGGCACGGACGGUGCCAGCGCCGGCAGCCCGGCUCCAACGCCUUCCUGCACCUGAACCCCCGGAGCUUCCGCCUGCGCCCUGCCCAGGCCUCGGGGGGCCCCGUCUUCCGGGCUGAGGGCGAGUUCAGCCAGACAGAUCUGGCCCAGCUCCGGGACCACUUCCAAUGCCAGUGCUACCAGGGCUGGCACGGGAGAGCUGCCAACACAGCCGCAAAGUGCCCAACAGGGGCGCCCGCCAGUGGCCCCUCUGGCCUGGCGGCCCUGCUGGCCCUUGGCCUCUGGCUCCUGCCCUGAGUGCAGUAGAUGGCCCAUUAGGGCUUUGUGAUCGUAGGGCAAUGUAGGGGUCGUCGGGUAACUCAGAGCCGUGUCAUCUGCUCCGUGCAGAGGAGAGCCCAGGAGCCUGUAGGUGAUGUAGUCAGGGUAGGGGCUUGGCAACAGACUCAUCCCCAGCUCUGCAUUGCCCUGAUGGCAGGGGCAGAGGCAGGGGCUGGGCUGGAUCUUCCCCUUUGUGGGUGUGUGGGUGUGUGUGUGUGUGUGUGUUUGGAGGGGGAGUAGCCUUCAACCCUUUGCCUAUAUUUCCUCCUGUUUUAAGGGGGAUGUUGAGGAGAAAGUUUGUAUGAGUUGCUGCUGGGUGUCUCCCCAUGCUAGGGGAGGGGCUGUUAGUAGGGAAUAGGGCUGGGGGGGGGCACGGCAGGGCCGUAGGAGCCCCCUGCCCCUCUCCUCUCUUUCUAUAUUUAUUAUUAUUAUGUUAUUGUUAUUGGGAUAUUUUGUAAAUUAAACAGAAAAACAAACAGUUCUUUAUCUGGAAAUAUGCAA